AGCAGUAUGCUUUAUGUGGACUGGUUCACUGUACUGGGGGUGGUAGACAGGGUCUCCUCUCCCAGCUCUACACAUGUACUGGCCUCCAUCAGAGACACUGACCUGGCUGAGUGUGUAGAAGGAUCCAGAGGUUGUAGCUACUGGUUCAGAGUCUCGUCUGUGUCUGUACCAGUAAAACUUCCAUCCAGAAGACUCUACAGUACAGGUGCCUCAGUGGAAAUAAUCUCUCCCUGCCAGCCACAGUACACAGUUAAACUCACUCUGCAUUGUAGAUCACACUACCAACACUGUAUGUACCGUUGGUACAGAGACAACAUAGAGCUUCAUGGUCAGACCACAGAAACCAUCAUCAUCUCUCUCCCAGAACAGACUGGUCAUUACCAGUGUUCCCUUUCAAUUGGGCCAAAUGUCUAUUUCUAUUCAUCAGACAUCUGCCCAAUCAGGAGAAUUGAAAAGCCCUCAGCCUCAAUGAAGAUAGUCUCUCCCCAGGAGCCACUGUAUACAGGAGACAGAGUCACUAUACAGUGUAACAUACCAGAAUACACAGACUGGACUUAUGUCUGGUACAGAGACAACCAACAACUUCCCAGUGAAACCAGUGAAACCAUCACCAUCUCUCUCCAAGACAAGGCUGGUCAGUACCAGUGUCAUGGGAAGAGAACAUGUUGGCCCUCUCAGUCAUAUCCCAGCUCAUAUCUACCCAUCAGUGGUAUUGAUCUGCCCAUUGCCUCAGUUAGAGUCUCUCCUCAUGGUCUCCUCUACUCUGGAGAGUCUGUUACUCUGCAGUGUGACAUAUCAGACUACACAGACUGGACAUACAGGUGGUACCGAAAUAAAAAACUACAGAGUUCUGGUUCACCUUCUAAAAUCAUCACCCCACUGUCUGACCAGGUGGCUCUGUACCAGUGUCAGGGGAGAAGAACAGAUCGUCCCAAGUCGUCACAACGCAGUGUUUCCCUCCACAUCAGUGUCACUGAUUAUCAGCCAAAGGCCACACUGAGUUCAGACAAACAGGACAUAUUGACAGGAGACAGUGUGACACUGACCUCUCAGCCAGGUCAGUGUCUCUGA